AUGCCACGGUCACCGGUUUCCAUGCUAUCGUACUGUCUUGAUGAAUUUGCGGACCAGAUGGAAAACUUUCCACCCCUGGUUUUUGGACCAAAAGUGCCAGAAUUUUUGGAGGAUGAUGACACCCAGUGCGAGUCCCUGGAGACCAUUGCCUACAUUGAAUCAUCUGCGAAACAGGAAGACAGCAGCAGCGAGACUGGGAAGAAAGAGGAGCCUGCGAACAUUGAACAGAUGACAACUCGCGAGCUGAGAAAGCUUUGCAAAGAGAAGGGCCUCAAAGUCCGUGGCGUAAAGAAAGAUAUCUUGAUGAGAUUGAAGAGACAUACGUCCAGUGUUUCCAUCAAGAGUCCUGAGUAUGUCGGCACCGAGCAGAGUUUCAGUGAGAACGAAGAAAGUGAGGACGGAAGCUUCAAUGCAGAUCCGGAGUUGGAGACCUCGUCCAGCAGUGGCGGAUCAGAGGUGCCAUUGACUGCUGAAGCCCUCGAAAGCUUUGAAAGCCAUCUGAUCGCUGGAGAUCGACCUCUGAGGGUGCCUGACCGCUACACGCCAUCGAACAGUGUGGUUGAUGACGACGCUUCCGACAGCCAGGGCAUCAGUGUGGAUUCAGACUUGGAUGUGUGUGAGCUCUCCUCAGAUUCAUCAAGGGCAAGGCUCCAAACACCAUGGAACUUCGGGUUGGUAGUGACUUUGGCAUUGCGUCGACUCGGCAUUCCUUUUCGCCAUUGCUUCGCCUGUGACUGCGAGAGGGCGUCUUUGAAGGUGCUGAAUUACCUUCGUCCAGAGGUCCUUUAUGAAGACGUUCGGUCUCGCAACAUCUCCGAAAUGGCAGAAGUAGAUCUCUUCACGUUCGGACCCCCUUGCCAAUCUUACAGUCGACAAGGCAAUCGUGCUGCAGACAGCGUUGAGCUGGGACAGCUUGGACUGUACAGUGUUGCAUACAUCUUACACCACAAACCCAGGAUCGCUCUGAUGGAACAGGUGAAAGACGUGGUGCAGUCAGAGUUUUUUCAAUUGGUCCUGAACGAGUUGGCCACAGCCGGGUACAGCUUGUAUUCACAAAUCUUGAGAUUUUACGAUUACAAAAGGUUAGCUUCUUCGACCCACGUGGUCACCUUCACAUUGACCUACGAGGUCAAGUCAAGCCCCUACGUGGGGAAAAGUCCUACGUGGACGUUGACCUACGUGGUCACUGCUCCAUUGACCUACGAGGUCGAGCCCCUACGUGGGGUAAAGUCCUACGUGGACAGUGACCUACGAGGUGAACGCAUGCCGCGUGGCGCUAAAGUGUCGCCUUUCUCUCCAGCUGCUGACUACGACAGGGACACGAGUGAAGAGAAAAGCGACACAGAAGAGGCGCCGGCGAAGUCAGACGAGGGAAAGAAGGCUGAGAAGAAAGAACGUGCCCGUUCCAGUGGUCGUUCGAGGAGAUCGCGUAGGAAAGAAAAAGGAGACGUGCAGAAGGGCAUGGACGCCGUCGGCAAAGCAGGCAGCCGCGGCCAAGCGGGUGUCCCAGUCAGCGGUAUCACGACGCAGCAGAGCGGCCGCUUGCAGCACCAAUGGGCCAGUCGGAAUUGUUUGACAUGGCAAUUCUGGAACCAGCUGGAUGAAGGGAUCAAGAAGAACAAUCCAAAGGCAGGCUGGGACAAGGCCAAAAAAGCAGCCUUUGCUCUCUAUGAGAGACGUCGAAUGCAGGCGGCACCAUACCAAGCUGCUGGCGAGUUGGCGCCCCCGCCGCCUUUGCUUCUUCGCUCCCGCGCUAGCGUUGCGCGUGGCUCAGAGGCGUUGGAAGAACUGGAAGAAGUUAGGGUUGAAGAAGAGCCCGCUCCGACAGCCACACGGAGGAGCCGCGCGCCAAGCGCAGCGCCUGCCUGCGUAGCGCCGCGCGCAGAGCAGGGGCAUGCCCCCCCUGCUGCUGCGACUGGCCCAGCUGGCCCUGCUGUCCCUGCUGGCAGUACGACUGCCCAAGGUGCUGCUGUGGGACAGAAACAGCAGAUUGUUAUCAACAUCAACAGCAGCUGA